CUGGAGGGAGGGUGGUGUGUGUGUGUGUUCCCCUCUGGCUGCUCUCCCUCUCUGCAGAGCUUGUAAUGUAGAGUAUGGUUCAUGCAUCAGCGCAGCUGGGUGGGGUCAGGAGGUUAUUGAUACACUCUGAGUCGAGGGGAACCUCCUGGAGAGCAUAAAUAGCAGAGAGCCGUGGGAGAGCCUCGCAGUCUCUGGCCCCAGACAGCCCAGGACAGGUGGUCUCCACGCCCGCCGCACGCUCCACGCUCCACGCUCCACGCUCCACGCUCCACGCCGCUCAGCUCCACUGCAUCUGCAUCUCAUCCUGUUCCAGUAUGGAAGUCGUUAUGUCCCCCAUCUGUGUGGACUGCUUGCUGGCCAUCAUCCUGACCCUGACCCUUAACACGCUAAGUGGAGUCAACUCGUUGCCUGUGAGUAGCGUGGAUCCCGUGUGCAGCGCCACCAACACGGCCAAGUACAGCUUGAAGUUUACGGGCAGAUGGAGCCAGACUUCCUUCCCAAAGCACUAUCCCCUUUACCGGCCCCCCGCCCAGUGGACCCCCGUCUUCGGGGUAACUCACAGUUCAGACUACCACAUCUGGCAGAGCGACGCGUACGCCAGCAAUGGGGUCAGGGAGUUCACAGAGAAGGGAGAAGCGUGGACGCUCAUCCAUGAGGUGGAAGCGGCGGGGGAGAAGAUCCAGAGCGUCUACGGCUUAUUCUCCGCACCCGCCGUGCUGGACGGGACGGGCCUGACCAACGCAGAGUUUGAGGUCUUUGCAAGGCACUCUUUUCUGUCCUUCAUCGUGCGGAUUGUGCCGAGUCCUGAUUGGUUCAUAGGUGUGGACAGCCUGAACUUAUGUGAUGGAGAUCACUGGAAAGAAAGCAUCCAUCUGGACCUGUACCCGUAUGAUGCGGGGACCGACAGUGGCUUCACCUUCUCCUCGCCCAACUUUGAAACCCUGCCUCAGGAGAAAGUCUCACCGAUCACUUCAUCUUCUCCCAGUCACCCAGCCAACUCGUUCUAUUACCCCCGAUUAAAGCACCUACCCCUGGCCAAGGUCACUCUCAAGAAGAUGAAGAACAAUCUGGUCUUCAGCCUGCCCGUGGAACCGACCCAAUCAAACCAGAUCCCUGACGGCAAUGAAAUAGAAGGAUCCCUCAUAAAUACUCCGCUUGACUGUGAGGUGUCUGCGUGGUCGUCCUGGGGUCUGUGCAAGGGGAAGUGUGGCGAGCCUUGGGUGAGGCACAGGACUCGCUACAUCCAUCUGCACCCUGCAAACAACGGCUCACCAUGCCCCCCUCUGGAGGAAGAGAGGAACUGCAGCCCAGACAACUGUGUUCCUGUGGUGUCACCACCGCCGCCCUCCUCCUCUACGCCCAGAGGCCACUGAGGGAGCACAGGACACGUUCUUGCCUCUUCAGGCGUCUCUUCAGGCGUCUCUACAGAAGAUGACUGCAUUCAAGCUCAGUCAUGGCACACACACACACACACACACACACACACUCUCUCUCCCGGACUGCAUUCAAGCUCAGUCAUGGAAGUCAUCUGGAAGUGUUUAACUGCCCAUUAUGACACACACACACACACUCUCUCUCUCUCUCCCGGAGCUCAACACACACACACACGCACACACGCACACACACACACACACACACACACACACACACACACACACACACACACACACACACACACACUCUCCUGGAAAAAUCCACUCUUGACAUUCGAAAUCUGUGGUUAUAACAAAUGCUGAAGUAACAUCCUCAUAAAUCAAAUUCCCACACUGUUCACUCUACCCGCAUUGUGAACACUCACAGCCCUGUUUUAUAUAAGAGUACUAACUGUCCUCCAGAUGAUUAGACAGCAUUACUAGACCAUUAAGUAGAACACAUUGUAAAGGGAAGGAUCCGUCCGUCUGAAGCAGGACGAGGGACUUAAAUGUGCUGUAUUUAUUUUGUCAUUUUGUACAUUGUUUGUGAUAAACUACCUGUAAAUAAAACUGUGUUCAAUAACU